CCCAUUAGGAUAUGCCUCUUCUGGUUGAGGCCACACCCACUCAGGACUCCGGCGUACCGAAAAUGAAUAAGACUACCAGACACCCCAAGAUCUUUGUCCAUGAUGCAAAAGGACUGAAAAACUUUUGGGAAAAAAUCAUUGAAAAACACACUCAGCAACAACAAGGCGAAGACUCUAGAUUAAGCAGAAGUGCCCUGAAGAAACUCCGACGUGAAUGGACCCAGAGGCUGGAAGGCCGAAUAAAAAUGCUACAAAAGUCCUGUGGAGAGCAGGAAGGACAGAUGUCCCUAUUAUCAAUUGAAACAUUUCAGCCAAUAGAUAAAACAGCUGCAUAAAGUUACUGUUGGAAGAUAGGAAGUAUUGAGCCUGAUUCCAAUCUCACAUAUAUCAUUGUUAACCACAAGUAACUCCACUAAACCAGUGAAAGAUCAGAAUCAGGUCCACUGUUUCUCAAGAGCUCAGCCUGCUCCAAAAGCUACUGUAGGUAAUAGUAAAACCCUGUGGAAUUUCAAUAAGUAUUGCAAUGAAGAUGCAAGACUAUAGUACAUGAUUGCUACAAAUCAGGCUAUGAAAAAGACAAGAACCAAGUAUCAUCAGUUAGAAGGGACUUCAGGAGGUCAUCUAGUCCAACCCCCUGCUUACAGCAGGACUAAUCCCCAGACAGAUUUUUCC